UCUGGACUAUAUGGCACAGGAUUCAGGUGACAAUUUUACCCAGCAGAUCCAUACCAGGCAGCUGCUGCAAAUCAGUCACUGAAAUCCCAAGGAAGCCACAAAAAGAGGUCUGUCUGAAAUCACUCGUUAUGAGCCCUUUGACUCCACCCACCUUCCUUCCGAGCCCGAGCAGCCACACUCACGGGACGAACCAGAGCGGGGCCGUGGGGCAGGCAGAGGCGUCCUACGCCGUCCUCAAGUUCAUGGAGAGCUUCUGCCUGCUCAGCGCUGCGUGUGGCAUGGCGGGGAACGCCGUGGUCCUGUGGUACCUGGGCUUCCGCAUCCGCAGGAACCACUUCACCGUCUACAUCCUCAACCUGGCCGCCGCCGACUUUGGGUACCUGCUGUGCAUCGCCAUCGAGACGGUGCAGUACCUGAUGCAGUUCAACGUGGGCGUGCAGUUCGGGGUGUUCCUCUUCCUGGAUCUUUUCAUGUACGGGACAGGCUUGUACCUGCUGACCGCCAUCAGCAUUGAGAGGUGCCUGUCUGUGCUCUGUCCCAUCUGGUGCCGAAGCCAUCGCCCGAAGCACUUGUCUGCCCUCGUCUCCAGCCUGCUCUGGGGGGUCUCCCUGCUGCUGAACACGCUGGGGUACGUCCUGUGUUCCGUCCGCCGCUCUGCCGGGACCUGCCAGCUCCUGCUCAUCGCCAUCGGAGCCUUGGACUUCCUCUUCUGCACGCCCCUCAUGCUGCUCUUCAGCCUCACCCUCUUCCUUAAAGUCAAGUGCAGCUCGCAGCACUUCAAAACAGGCAGGCUCUUCACCGUCAUCAUGCUCACCGUCCUCUUCUUCCUCAUUUUCGCUGUGCCCCUGAGCGUCCUGAUCCUCUUUGACUUCUUGGGCUACAAGUUUCUCUACUCGCCAGAGAUCGGCUUUGUGCUCUCGUGUGUGAACAGCAGCCUCAACCCCGUCAUUUACUUCCUUGUGGGGAGCUACAGGGAUAAGAGAAUCAAGCUCACCCUCAGGCUGGCAUUCCAGAGGGCGUUUGAAGACUCGGCAGAUGACAAAGAUGAACGAGAAACCCGUGACACAAUAACUAUGUCCUCCUAACACCCUCCUGUGCCUAACUCAGUAACAACAGGCUGGAGCUGAGGGACGAUAGUUAACAGAGAGGCAGAGCUCUGAGGUACUGGGAAAGGUUCAUCUCACCUAACCUUGUGUAUCUUCAUUGUAGAUCUCUACUCUUUGCUGGUUAUUUUAAGCUCCUUCUGUGGUCAGCACAAACAUGUAAACACCUGGACCACAUAGUUCAUCUGACCUGUCUUAGGACCACAUUGGAAGUGCCUCUUUCUUUCCAGCAGCCGUUAAAUGGUUUCGACUCGAUACCGUGAAACAUCUUGGUGUCUGCAGCUCAUCAAAAGAAUCCCACUCAGAAUCUGCAGCUCACUCAAUAAAUCUCUGUCCUUCAGAGCACAACAGUAUCAAAUUCAUAAAUUCCAAUCACUUUCUACCCAGAUCUCUGUAGAUGAGACAGGAACCGACCCUCUUCCAGUUGAAAUCAGCCAGGAAAUUCCUGGAAGGAGAGUCUACCUAUCUCACAUUGAAAUGCCUCUACCUCAGCAACACAUUCAACCUUUUGAAGUUGAGUUCUUUGCUUCCUAACGUGAGCAUUUCAAACAGUGACAUGAUCCACACCCCAGAAGUUCCUUUCUCUUAUUAAACCAGGGGGGUUUCCACACCAUAGGGUUGGGAUGCAGCAGAGGAGGGCUCCAGCUCCUACCACCUUGCCCCACAACACUAUGCACUGAGUUGCACACUCCUUUUUCUGGUGUUUCAAAGAAAUACAGGCCUGGGGUUGCAUGUUAUUUUAGUUUCCUCCAGCCCAGGACAGAGUGUCUGCAUCUAACUAGAGCAUGCAUUGGGAUGCUGUUUCUUCUUCUCAGAAGGACUGAUAAGAACAGAUGGCUCCUAACAUCUCCUCUACCAACAGAAAUCAAUUCAAGGAUAGGGACAAAGUAAGAAACAGAAGGUAAAUAAAUACCACAAUGGGCAAUAAAUUGUUCUCUAGACCCAAUCCCUUGAGAUGCAAGAUGUGAUGGCUUAAAGUGUUGUACUAUCAGACUACACAUCUGCUCUUUUAACCUGAGUUGACAGAAAAAGCCAAGGCAUGGGAUUUUCUUUGAGAAACGAUACAGAUUUCCUCUGCGUGAAGUACUUCCCCAAAGGGAAGCUUCAUUCUUCUGUUGUCUGUUACCUUUUGCCUUUUCAUUUGCCUUUUGGUUGAUUUUGAAAAGCACCACUUUAAAAAGCAGUGAUUCACCCUCGUGUCUGUAGUUCCCUUUUCCUUCCUGUUUGCAGUUCCUGAAGCUGAAAUUCGAGUUCCAUUCCUGUUGGUUUUUAAUGCUAUUGUUCUGUGAUGUAUGUACAGUUGUUGCAGAUGAGGUCCAUGGC